CUACAGUGAACUGAUUUCAUAUAAGUUGCUUGGCCGUGGUGAAAGUUUUAUAGCUACGUACACAUAGAAACCAUUAUCAGAAAAGCUUGCAUAAAGCGGAAAAAAGGAGGCAUUGGGUCUUCCUUUUUCCUUUUCUUUUCUUGCUGCCUCAAGUAGGCAUCUUUUUUCCCCACUUUUUUUCCCUCUCAUCUCAUUCCUUCCUUCUUCUUGCAAUUUUUUUACUGGGUUUUCUUGCCCUUUGCUUUUGCUUCCCACCAUCACUUCCCUCCCCUCCUCACCUAUAAUUUCCUUCUCCUUCAGGUGAGUUGUUUGAUCCUUCACCUCUCUGUCAGGCAUUGUUUUUAUCAUCACAAAAAAGUUGCAUUGCUUUUGUUUUUAGUUUCUCAGAUUGAUCUUCUUGCUUGGGCAUCUCCCUUUGGCUCGAUCUUCUUGCUUGGGCACCUCUCUCUUGCUCUACAAAAUUCCUUGGAAAUUUGACAUCCUUUCUGGGUUUUUCUUACCAAUUCAGUUCUGGGAUUGAAUAAUCCAUGGGACUGUGUCAUGGAAAACCCACAGAAAACCCACAACUCCAAUCUCAAGACCCCACAAUUCCGAGCGAAAACGAGGCAUAUGCAGCACCCAAUUCCCAGUCCUCAAAAUCCUCAAACUUCCCAUUUUACAGCCCAAGUCCAUUGCCAAGUCUGUUCAAGAACUCUCCUGCCAACUCCAGCGUCAGCUCCACGCCUCUGCGCAUAUUCAAGCGGCCUUUCCCGCCUCCGUCGCCGGCGAAGCACAUUCGGGCAUUGCUUGCUCGGAGGCACGGCUCUGUGAAGCCCAAUGAGGCCUCAAUCCCUGAAGGGAGUGAGUGUGAGGUUGCCUUGGACAAGAGUUUCGGGUUUUCGAAACAGUUCGUAAGCCAUUAUGAGCUUGGUGACGAGGUGGGGCGCGGGCAUUUCGGGUAUACUUGCUCUGCCAAGGCCAAGAAGGGAAGCUUGAAGGGCCAGGAUGUGGCUGUCAAGGUUAUUCCAAAGUCAAAGAUGACCACGGCAAUUGGCAUAGAGGAUGUAAGAAGAGAAGUGAGGAUCCUAAGAGCUCUAACACAUAAGAACCUAGUGCAGUUCUACGAGGCCUAUGAAGAUGAUGACAACGUUUAUGUAGUGAUGGAGCUGUGCAAAGGAGGUGAACUGUUGGAUAGUAUACUUUCAAGGGGUGGAAAAUAUUCUGAAGAUGAUGCAAAGGCAGUUAUGGUUCAGAUUUUAAGUGUAACUGCCUACUGUCAUCUCCAAGGCGUGGUUCACCGGGACCUCAAGCCAGAGAAUUUCCUUUUUACUUCAAGCGAUGAGAAGUCCCCAUUGAAGGCCAUUGAUUUCGGACUCUCUGACUAUGUAAAACCAGAUGAGAGGUUGAAUGAUAUUGUAGGAAGUGCAUACUACGUUGCUCCUGAAGUUCUACAUAGGUCAUAUGGGACAGAAGCAGACAUGUGGAGUAUCGGUGUAAUUGCUUAUAUCCUUUUGUGUGGAAGCCGACCUUUUUGGUCCCGGACCGAGUCUGGCAUCUUUCGAGCUGUACUAAAGGCUGAUCUGAGCUUUGAUGAAGCUCCUUGGCCUUCUUUAUCGUCUGAUGCGAUAGAUUUUGUAAAGAGACUCCUGAACAAGGACUACCGUAAGAGAUUAACUGCAGCUCAAGCUCUAUGUCAUCCAUGGUUAGCCAAUUAUCACGAGGUCAAGAUACCGAUGGAUAUGAUAGUGUACAAACUUGUUAAUUCUUACAUAUGCUCAUCUGCUUUACGAAAAUCAGCAUUAGGGACUCUUGCAAAGACGUUAAGUGUAGCGCAGCUGGCUUAUCUCCGGAACCAAUUUACAUUGUUAGGGCCAAACAAAAGUGGAUUCAUCACUAUGCAGAACUUCAAGACAGGUGUAACAAGGAACUCCACUGAUGCCAUGAAGGAUUCGCGGGUUCUAGAUUACGUCAACAUGAUCAGUUCUCUUCGGUAUAGAAAGCUGGAUUUCGAAGAAUUUUGUGCAUCUGCCAUAAGUGUGCAUCAGCUGGAAGGGAUGGAGAGCUGGGAGCAACAUGCAAGGCGAGCAUACGAGCUGUUUGAGAAGGAUGGAAAUAGACCAAUAAUGAUAGAGGAACUUGCUUCGGAAUUGGGACUUAGCCCAUCAGUACCAGUUCAUGUCGUUCUCCAGGACUGGAUAAGACACUCUGAUGGAAAGCUCAGUUUUCUAGGGUUUGUUAGACUACUACAUGGAGUUUCUUCGCGCUCAUUUCAGAAGGCGUAAACUAGUACAUGCAGUUUGAUUCCUCCAUCCUUACUCCCGAUGACCUCGAAUGUCCCUAGGGGACAAAAUGUGUACUUAAUUCGAGAGGUUCAUUUUAUGAGGAUCUGCAGCACAUACUCAUGUCAUUUGCUCUUCUUUUCUUUUCCCCUCCGCGGCCUUCCGUUUCCUUGAUUCUCAUCUCCAUGAUUGGUGCCGUUGAAGCUUAGAGGAGGGUUGUACAAGUGAGAGACAGUAGAUCACAGAAUGUGUGUAGGAUUACCCUUACAGAUUACAAAGCUGUCCUGUUGUAAACUGAAGUGAGUUUUGUGGUCUUUGUCAAUUUAGUUUUGUUAAUAAAAUCCUCCUGUGAUCUUGUUCAAA